UGCUCCUGUGAGGGGGUUCGGGUGUCUCGUCACCGGUCCGUGUGGUCUUUUGACGAACUGCGUUAUCCGCGAGGGGGGACCCCACGGAGGCGGCCAUGGAGUCUGUGACCUUCGAUGAUGUGUUUGUCAACUUCACCCUGGAGGAGUGGGCUCUGCUGGAUGCAGCCCAGCAGCAGCUGUACAGAGACGUGAUGGUGGAGACCUUCCGCAACCUGGCCUCCGUGGAAAAGGAAAAGGAAAGCCAGAUCAUUGAAGAUGAGGAAGAUCAGACGGUUGAAGAAGUGUGUGAAAAUCCGGAACCAGAUCUAAGAGUAAGCAUUCUCAAUGAGAAAACUCAGAAGCCAACGUAUUCUGCGGCUGGGAACAUCUGGAACAGCAACAUCAUGCCCAAAGUGAAGAUCUCUGAUGAUUUCAGAAUCCAAGUUCUGGAGAGUCUCUAUGAAAAUACGGAGCAGAUCGAAUAUGGCGACAUCUUCAGUCCCAUUCCGGGUGACGCUGUGAACAAGGAGACAGCGGGUGCCCUGGAACCCAGCAAAAGCCGGAUGUUCGACGUCCUCAUGGGUCCCUCAUCCCUCAACGUGCCCUUCAACGCCUACCCCUACCACAAGCCCCUCGACUACCAGCAGUACGGCACCAUGCCUUUUAAGUUCGAGGACUACACGAAUCCUCUCCCCCAGUAUUUGCAACAGCAGGACGGGACGAACUCGGGCGACAGGUACUAUGGAUACAAUCAGUAUGGGAACGCCUUCAGUCAUGCCAGUCCCGCUCCGGCCCACGAGCGAUCUCAGUCGGGUGACAGGCCGUACGCGUGCCCACAGUGUGGGAAAGCCUUCUUGUCUUUGAGUGACGUGCGGAGACAUGAGAGGACUCACACUGGCGAGAAACCCUUCGUGUGCAAGCAGUGUGGGAAGGCCUUUAGCUCCUCCGGUUACAUUAAGAUCCACGAGCGGACUCACACUGGGGAGAAGCCCUACGUGUGUAAGCAGUGUGGCAAAGCCUUCGGGCAGUCCAGCCACUGCCUCAUCCACGAAAGAACCCACACUGGCGAGAAGCCCUACGUGUGCAUGGAGUGCGGGAAAGCCUUCUGCUCGAUGAGCGACGUUCGGAAACACGAGCGCACGCACACCGGAGAGCGGCCGUACGUGUGCAUGCAGUGCGGAAAGGCCUUCUGUUCCAUGAGCGACGUUCGGAAACACGAGCGCACGCACACCGGAGAGCGGCCGUACGUGUGUAUGCAGUGCGGGAAGGCCUUCUACACGUGGAGCGAUGCACAAAAGCACUACCGCACGCAUAGUGGGGAGAAGCCGUACGUGUGUAAUGAGUGUGGCAAAGCCUUCAGCGACUCCAGUUCCCUUCACAAGCAUAAAAUCACGCACACAGGACAGAAACCCUACUCGUGCAAUCAGUGCGGAAAAGCCUUCUUUCUCCUGGGCAACAUCCAAACACACUUACGGACUCACAAUGGAGAGAAGCCCUUUGUGUGUAAAUACUGCGGGAAAGCCUUCAGUUGUUCGAGUUACAUAAAAAUCCACGAACGAACGCACACCGGAGAGAAGCCCUACGUGUGCCCGCAGUGCGGCAAAGCCUUCUUUACUCUAAGCAACGUUCGAAGACACGCACGAACUCACAGCGGGGAGAAGGCCUGCGUGUGCAAGGAGUGCGGACAAGUGUUCCUCUCGCUGAGUGACCUGCAGACACACGAGGCGCUGGCACACUGCGUGGAGACCAUGUCCUAUGGUUUGAACGUGGAAUGACCUGCGCGCGCUCCGUGCCGAAGGCGGGUCCCCCGCUGGGGUGUCUGUCGUGGGGACAUUGUGGACACUUUGCGAGGACCGGAGCUACAAGUCUAGUGCGCGGCAUGCAUCUCUCCGGCGUCCUGCCUGGUUUCCUCCGCUUCUGGCUCAGCACAAACACUCAUCUCAGCCCAGACUCGCACCGCCCGCGGCGCCCACUCACCCCUGGGAGCAGUGUUUGUGAAACUGUGAGCCUCGGGGAACACGCAGGAGCGUUCAUUCAAUUCAAGACCAGCCUGAGCUACCCCAGGCGGUCCUGCCCCCACUCCAGCACCCGACUGCUGUGCUGGU